UGGAGGCCCAUAUGUUGUAUGUUUGAUUCAGACCUUUGUAAUUUUAGACAAAUACAUUGAAAAUAAUUGAACCCUCCAAAAAAAAUAAAAAAAGCUUCUUCAACUUUGACCCCUCUCUCUCUCUCACUUUCUCUCCCUUCAUGGACCCAACUCUUUCUAAAAACACAACAGAAAGCUUUACUCUUUCUCUCUCUCUCUCUCUCUUCAUUGCUUUUUCUCUCACUCCACAAGUUUUAGGGGAAAGGAAAGCAAAGGAAAGAGCUAAUCUUUCUUACACAUUUGUUCUUCCCUUUUAUCUCUCUAAACAGUAGAAGUAGUAGUAGUGAAAGUGAUGAUAUUUAGUGCUCUUGGAGAGGAAAAAGAUUUGAUUUUUAUUAAUUUUUUUCUUCACUCUGUUAAACCAAAGUUCUGAUCUUUAUAGUGACUUCUCUCUCUUUCUCUCACAAGUCUCAGGUACCCUUUUUGAGACUUACUUUUUCUCUCUUGGCUUUUAAUUGGGUCUUUGUGUUAUGAUGCUUGAAAUUUCACUUGGUUUUUUUGAUGAACAUGAAGAUGAAAACAACUGAGUUUAUCAAUGGUGGUGUGAAUGAAGUGAUGAAAUUGGGAUCUGAGUAAAUGGGUUUUGUUCAAUUUGAUCUCAAAACCAGUUUAUAUCAAUGGCAUCAAAAUCAUCCAGUACUAGAAUUUCACCUGAAAGGCAAAGAAAAAUAAGUCAAAAAACAGAAGGAAACUCAAGAAGGCCACCCCCUAUACAGAUUUCCAAGACUAGUAAAUCAGAGCCAGUUACCCCAAGAGAUUUAGUCCCUAAAACCGCCCCACAAGUUGUUUCGAAAAAGGUUUCUUUAGAAACAAUUGAGAGCAAAAAACAACCUCAAAGUUGUUUAGUAGAUAAGUUAAACUCUAGUUUAUCACUCCAAGAACCAAUUGGAACUAAAACUCUACCCGAAAAUGGUGGUGAUCUAGGAGUAGGAGUGAAUGUUGCUUCUUCGGGGGCGGCUAAAGUUAGUGAUGGGGUUAGUAGUCUUGCUAAGACUAGUGGAAGCGCUAAAGUUAGCGAACGGGGCGAGUUUGUUGAGAGUGGAAAGAGUAGUAUUUGUAGGGGAAGUACAAGUAGUGAUGUGAGUGAUGAGAGUACUUGUAGUAGCUUGAGUAGCAGUGUUAACAAACCUCAUAAGGCUAAUGACAUACAAUGGGAAGCGAUUCAAGCUGUUAGAACAAAGGAAGGUGUGUUGAAUUUCGGGCAUUUUAGACUUUUGAAAAAGUUGGGGUGUGGAGAUAUUGGAAGUGUUUAUCUUUCAGAGCUUAGGGGAACAAAAUGUUAUUUUGCAAUGAAAGUUAUGGAUAAAACUUCUUUAGCUAGUCGAAAGAAACUGCUUCGGGCUCAGACUGAAAGAGAGAUUUUACAAUCCUUAGACCAUCCUUUCCUUCCUUCACUAUACACCCAUUUCGAGACCGAGAAGUAUUCUUGUUUGGUGAUGGAGUUUUGUCCUGGUGGUGAUUUGCAUACUCUUAGGCAGAGACAACCCGGGAAGCAUUUCACCGAGCAGGCUGUUAAGUUUUAUGUGGCCGAAGUUCUUCUUGCUCUUGAAUAUCUCCACAUGCUCGGGAUUGUUUACCGUGAUCUGAAGCCAGAAAAUGUCCUUGUUAGGGAUGAUGGGCAUAUAAUGCUUUCUGAUUUCGAUCUUUCUCUACGCUGUGUUGUUAGUCCAACACUUGUCAAGUCAUCAGCACCCGAAUCUGAUCCCCUAAGAAGGAACUCGGUUUACUGUGUGCAACCAACUUGUAUUCAACCCUCUUGUAUUCAACCAACCUGUGCGGUUCCCACAACAUGCUUUGGUCCUCGUUUCUUUUCGAGCAAAUCAAAGAAAGAAAGGAAACCGAAAAAUGAAAUGGGCAACCAAGUCACUCCAUUGCCAGAGCUUAUAGCCGAGCCAACCAACGCUCGCUCAAUGUCAUUUGUUGGAACACACGAGUACUUAGCACCCGAAAUCAUCAAAGGCGAAGGGCAUGGUAGUGCUGUUGAUUGGUGGACUUUUGGUAUCUUUUUGUACGAACUAUUGUUCGGUAAGACCCCUUUUAAGGGAUCAGGAAACCGAGCUACUCUCUUCAAUGUAGUUGGGCAACCAUUAAGGUUCCCCGAGACACCAGUAGUAAGCUUUUCAGCAAGAGAUUUGAUAAGAGGAUUGCUUGUGAAAGAGCCACAGAAUAGAUUGGCAUACAAACGAGGCGCUACAGAGAUUAAACAGCAUCCAUUCUUCGAAGGCAUAAACUGGGCAUUGAUUCGAUGUGCAAGCCCACCCGAGAUACCAAAACCAGUUGAGUUUGAGCGGUUGUCAUCACCGGUAGUAUCAUCAACAAGCGACAAAGCUAAUAACGGUGCUGCCUCAGCUGCUUACCCCGAUCAAAACAAUUAUCUUGAAUUUGAUUUCUUUUAAAAUAUUGUUAUUUUUUCUUUAAUUUUUGCUUGAGAAAGAUGCAUAGCUUCAGCUUCUGAAAUGUUGGUCAUGUUGAAAAGAAAAAAAAAUAGUGUUGUUAUGUUUAUAAUGAUCAUAUGUUUGAUGUUGUGAUACAUUUUCAUACUUUGUAAUGCAGAAGCUAAAAAUGUUUAGUGAUCUCCAAA